GCUACUACUACUACUACUACUACUACUACUACUGGUGCUUCUGCUACUACUACUACUACUACUACUACUACUACUACUACUACUACUACUACUACUACUACUACUACUACUACUACUACUACUACUACUACUGGUGGUACUACUACUACUAGUCCUGGCGCUUCUACUGAUGCUGCUUCUACUACUACUACUACUACUACUACUGCUGCUGCUCCUUCUACUACUACUACUACUACUACUACUACUACUACUACUACUACUCCUACCACUACUGGUGCUUCUACUACUGCCUCUACUUCUACCACUUCUACUACUACUACUACUACUACUACUACUACUACUACUACUACUACUACUGCUUCUACUACUGCUACUACUGCUGCUGCUUCUACUACUGCUACUACUACUACUACUACUACUACUACUACUACUACUUCUGGUGCUUCUACUACUACUACUACUACUACUACUUGUGCUUCUACUACUGAUACUACUACUACUACUACUACUACUACUACUACUACUACUACUACUACUACUACUACUACUACUACUACUACUACUGGUGCUUCUACUACUGCUGGUGCUACUACUACUACUACUACUACUACUACUACGGAACGAGCCCCUUUGGUCGACAGUGAAGCCUUUAGGCACCGGCUUCACAUAAAACCAGCGCGAGUGGGCGUCACUCAGUACGUCCCUCAGUACGCCCCUCAGUACGCCCCUCAGUACGUCCCUCAGUACGUCCCUCAGUACGCCCCUCAGUACGUCCCUCAGUACGUCCCUCAGUACGCCCCUCAGUACGCCCCUCAGUACGUCCCUCAGUACGUCCCUCAGUACGCCCCUCAGUACGUCCCUCAGUACGUCCCUCAGUACGUCCCUCAGUACGUCCCUCAGUACGUCCCUCAGUACGCCCCUCAGUACGUCCCUCAGUACGUCACGAGAUGUGAUGUGCCACUGCUCCCAGUCAUACCUGGACAAAUUAGCAUGUUCAAGUGCAGACCUGUCACACGUUUGUGA